AAAAAUUAAAAAUAAAAUUCUUAUUUACCAUGCAUAUUAGACUGCUACAUGUGUACAUACAUAUUGAUAGCUAGCUACAUCUCUACUGGUUGCUCUCUUCUUAUAUAGGGUUACCAUUACACGAAAAUAGUACACAGAUUACAAAUGCUAGCUAGUUGCUUUACGCAUCUAUGCUUCACGUAAUUAUAUAUUUUCCUCUGUCAAGUUCCGGGUGGGUGGUAAAGCUGGGCGUAAGCGAGGUCGAGGCAAGGGUGGUGCUGCUGCCUCUGGAUCUGCUGUGAAAAGGAAACGUCGAUUGUUGAACAAGGAAGAAAAGGCUCAAGUCAUGCUCUCUAUAUGUAAUGUCGACAUUCGUGACCUUCUUUCCUACGUGAAAGACACAGUUUCCGGUGAAAAACACUUAGUUGUGAGCGUUGCUAGGCAGGAGUUUUGGAAAUGUCUGCAAACCUCUGAGACUUUGGUCAGUGAAUUGUUGCGCACACUUGCAAGUUUGUUUGGUUUACUCUACAAAAACUGUGACAAGGGUAAAGACAAGUACAUGAAAUUCCAAUUGGAGUGGCAUCAAUGUUGUAGUGUUUUUCUACUGCCUCCCGGAAAAAACUUGUCUGAUGUAGGUAUUGAUUCCAAAAAGAAAGUGGAGCUUGCCCACUUCCAGCAGCGAUGGAUUGGAUAUUGUGAUGGAAGCUGUGCCGACAAGCAUACUAGGGAUGCUGUGAUGAUAUCAGUUUGCAGUGCUGUGUACAAUUACCUUCUCAAGCGUGUGUCACAAGUUCAGCAGUCAUUAUUGAUGGAACCCACAAGCAGUGGCAUAUUAAAAGGGGAUGUAGACUCUGUUUAUUACCGUUUCUGUGGAGCAGCUCUCGCAAGCAUGCUACAAUCGUGUAAAAACGAUCAGAGAGAAACUAUAAACCAGGAAAUAGAAGUGCUGAGAUGUAUUCAGUGUACAGACAAGGAUCACAUUCCUGGAAAACUAAAGUAUCGUGAUCGAGGACACAUGUACUUCCCUUCCAAGGAUUUUUUGACAGUCCUAAGGGGAAUUGAUAGUUGUGUCAUGGAAAAUGCAAACGAAUCUACUUUAAGAAAGUAUGGUCCCGACAUGAUCGAUGUUGCCGUGAAGCAAGAUGAUACUGUUGAUGUACUAACGUUUGACCUCGCUAUUAAAGUGGUGUACAAAGAACUUUGUCGUAAACUAUGCCAUACUCGUCUUGGCGAAUAUAAAGACGAAUAUAUAAGUGCGACACAGCAAAACUUGGCUGCUUUAAAAGGGAAGUCGACUCUUGCUGGCCAAAAUUUAAGAGAUGAACUAUUGACAUCACAUGUGAACACAAAGUCAUUUAUUUGCAUGCUAGGAAGGAAUAGGGGCAUAUCUCGAUAG